AAAGAUCGAGCCAUCUUUAUUGGCAGCAAACGUGAGCGGUACAAAAGCAAACAUGGCAAAGCUAACCAUGAUUGAGUGGCGAGGAGUCUUUCAGGAGCAGAUCCAAGAGGAGAAACCAAACCAUGACUGGAGCCUGAAGAUGGAUCAGCAGCUUGGCAAUUCAGAAGCCGGAUGGAAGCAAGUAUUGCAGGAACAUGCCCAUGCAAGGUUCCGGUGUUCACAAUGCUACCAUUCCUGGUCCUCGCAUCAGGUCUUUAUUCUGUUCCUCAUGCGUUUUGAACAAUCUCAGCGCCAAGGAUGGGUCCGGAUGAGGGUCUUCCGGCAACAGUGUGAUAACUGUGCUUCAGGGAAGUAUGAAGAGCCACAAUUCACUGAGAUGGAUGUCAGCAGGAUCAUACGGCACUUGAUCUUGGACAUCAGGGAGAAAUGCUACAAAGAGCACGUUGAUCGCAGCGAACUGUCCGAGGUGAUAUGGGAGCACACUGGACCACAUAAAUAUCAGCGUUGUGAAGCCUUCAAACUGGGAUUUCACAAAUCGCAUCAUGGUGGGGCUAAAGGCAGUGGACAUCAUGGGAAGGCCCAAAGGCCAGGGCUUCCCCAGAGCUCUGAAGAGAUAAUCAUACCAGCAAAGGCAUCCAAAGACUGCUGGGAUUCUGUUGCUUGUUUUGGCUGCUUUUGCCUUAUUAUGAUCUCAAUUUUCAUUUUCAUUGCAUACCUUUCUGGGCUGUAAUGAUGGCAAAACAGUGGGUAAACUAAAGCAAAUUUAGGAUAUAUGUUAUCAAAGAUAAAAUCAGCUUACUUAAUUUGGUCUGCUUGUAGAAGCUCUCUAACUGCUAGUAUGAAAA